AUGAAGAAUCAGUCAGGAGAAAUAGAGUUCAUUUUGCUUGGACUGACAGAUGACCCUAUGCUACAAAUUGUGAUUUUCGUGUUUCUAUUUUUCAAUUACAUCUUGAGCCUGAUGGGAAACCUCAUCAUCAUUGUCCUCACCCUGCUGGAUCCCCACCUCAAGACACCGAUGUAUUUCUUCCUCCGAAAUUUCUCCUUCUUAGAAAUCUCCUUCACAACAGUCUGCAUUCCACGGUUCUUGACAAGUAUUCUCACUGGAGACAAAACAAUUUCCUACAAUAGUUGUGCAACUCAAUUGUUCUUUUUCUUUCUAAUAGGAAUUACAGAGUUUUACCUGCUGGCUGCCAUGUCCUAUGACCGUUAUGUUGCCAUCUGCAAACCACUGCAUUACCCAAACAUUAUGAACAGCAAAGUAUGCCAUCAACUUGUGCUCAGCUCCUGGGCAACUGGAUUUUUGAUCAUCUUUCCCCCUUUGCUCUUGGGACUCAAGCUGGAUUUCUGUGCUUCCAAGGUGAUUGAUCAUUUCCUAUGUGACACUUCUCCAAUCUUACAGAUCUCAUGCACAGAUACAAGUUUCAUAGAAUUGUUGGCUUUUAUUUUAGCUGUGAUAACGCUUGUUGUCACCUUGUUAUUAGUGGUCCUCUCCUAUACAUUCAUCCUCAAAACUAUUCUAAAAUUCCCUUCUGUUCAACAGCGAAGAAAGGCCUUUUCCACAUGUUCCUCACACAUGGUUGUCAUCUCUAUUACUUAUGGGAGUUGUAUCUUUAUGUAUAUAAAACCAUCAGCAAAGGAGAGGGUGACAGUAACCAAGAGAGUAGCUGUGCUCAAUACUUCUGUUGCCCCUUUACUCAAUCCUUUCAUUUACACCUUAAGGAACCAACAGGUAAAAGAAUCUCUCAAGCAUGUGCUUCAAAGGCUUUAUUCUUUUCAAAACAGUGAAAAAAAAUGUAUACACAAAUAA